UUCUUCAGCUAGCAGAGGCCGAGUCAGUGUCAGUCAGGGAGCCAGACUGCUGAACAGUGUGUGCGGACGCUCCGCUGCAAUCUUGCCCAGGGGCCGGUGCCUGCGCUCGCGCCGCCGGGUGGGAAGGAUGAAGCCGCAGCUGGAGCAGCCACCCUAUGAUUGGCUGUGGCGCUUGUGAACCCGAAGUAAAGAUGGCGGGCGGGCAGGCAGCCGCCGCACUGCCCACUUGGAAGAUGGCGGCGCGCCGCAGCCUCAGCGCCCGCGGCCGGGGGGUCCUGCAGGCAGCGGCGGGGCGGCUGCUGCCGCUGCUACUGCUGAGCUGCUGCUGCGGCGCGGGCGGCUGCGCAGCAGCGGGCGAGAACGAGGAGACGGUGAUCAUCGGGUUGCGGCUGGAGGACACGAACGACGUGUCGUUCAUGGAAGGGGGGGCGCUGCGGGUGAGCGAGCGGACCCGGGUCAAGCUGCGGGUGUACGGGCAGAACAUCAACAACGAGACGUGGUCCCGCAUCGCCUUCACGGAGCAUGAGCGGCGGCGCCACAGCCCGGGCGAGCGCGGGCUCGGGGGCCCUGCGCCGCCAGAGCCGGACAGCGGCCCCCAGCGCUGCGGCAUCCGCACCUCAGAUAUCAUCAUCUUGCCCCACAUCAUUCUCAACCGCCGUACAUCGGGCAUCAUUGAGAUCGAGAUCAAACCGCUGCGCAAGAUGGAGAAGAGCAAGUCCUAUUACCUGUGCACAUCGCUCUCCACGCCAGCCCUGGGCGCCGGCGGCCCGGGGUCCGCGGGGGGCGCCGUCGGGGGCAAGGGCGGCUCCGGGGUGGCCGGGCUCCCGCCGCCCCCGUGGGCCGAAACCACCUGGAUUUAUCACGACGGCGAGGACACCAAGAUGAUUGUGGGAGAGGAGAAGAAGUUCCUGCUGCCCUUCUGGCUGCAGGUGAUCUUCAUUUCGCUGCUCCUGUGCCUGUCGGGCAUGUUCAGCGGCCUCAACCUGGGGCUGAUGGCCCUGGACCCGAUGGAGCUGCGCAUCGUGCAGAACUGCGGCACCGAGAAGGAGAAGAAUUACGCCAAGCGCAUCGAGCCUGUGCGCAGGCAGGGCAACUACCUGCUGUGCUCGCUGCUGCUGGGCAACGUGCUGGUCAACACCACGCUCACCAUCCUGCUCGACGACAUCGCCGGCUCAGGCCUCGUGGCGGUGGUGGUCUCCACUAUCGGCAUCGUCAUCUUCGGGGAAAUCGUGCCCCAGGCCAUCUGCUCCCGGCACGGCCUGGCUGUAGGGGCCAACACCAUCUUCCUCACCAAGUUUUUCAUGAUGAUGACCUUCCCCGCUUCUUACCCGGUUAGCAAGCUGCUGGACUGCGUCCUGGGCCAGGAGAUAGGCACUGUCUAUAACCGGGAAAAACUGCUGGAGAUGCUCCGGGUCACCGACCCCUACAACGACCUCGUUAAGGAGGAGCUGAACAUCAUCCAAGGGGCGCUGGAGCUCCGCACCAAGACAGUGGAGGACGUGAUGACUCCGCUCCGGGACUGCUUCAUGAUCACCGGCGAAGCCAUUCUGGACUUCAACACCAUGUCGGAGAUCAUGGAGAGCGGCUACACCCGUAUUCCAGUAUUUGAGGGGGAGCGCUCCAACAUCGUGGACCUCCUCUUCGUCAAAGACUUGGCCUUCGUGGAUCCAGAUGACUGUACUCCCUUGAAAACCAUCACUAAAUUUUAUAACCACCCCUUGCACUUUGUUUUCAAUGACACCAAGUUGGACGCUAUGCUGGAAGAAUUUAAGAAAGGUAAAUCUCAUUUGGCCAUUGUGCAGCGAGUGAACAAUGAGGGAGAAGGGGACCCGUUUUAUGAAGUUCUGGGAAUUGUCACAUUAGAAGACGUGAUUGAAGAAAUCAUCAAAUCUGAGAUUCUAGACGAAACAGAUUUAUACACUGAUAACAGAACGAAAAAGAAAGUGGCCCAUCGGGAAAGAAAGCAAGAUUUUUCUGCCUUUAAGCAGACAGACAGCGAGAUGAAGGUUAAAAUAUCACCACAGCUUCUCCUGGCCAUGCACCGUUUCCUAGCAACAGAAGUAGAAGCAUUUAGCCCAUCCCAGAUGUCAGAGAAGAUCCUUCUAAGGCUGCUAAAGCACCCCAAUGUCAUCCAGGAACUGAAGUAUGAUGAGAAGAACAAGAAGGCCCCAGAAUACUACCUCUACCAGCGAAACAAACCUGUGGACUACUUCGUUCUCAUUUUGCAGGGGAAAGUGGAAGUAGAAGCUGGGAAGGAAGGUAUGAAAUUUGAAGCCAGCGCUUUCUCCUACUAUGGUGUGAUGGCUCUCACAGCCUCUCCAGUUCCUUUGUCCCUGUCUCGCACCUUUGUUGUCAGCAGAACAGAGUUGUUAGCAGCAGGUUCUCCAGGUGAAAACAAGUCGCCUCCUCGUCCCUGUGCUUUGAACCACUCAGACUCUCUGAGCCGAAGCGACCGGAUUGACGCCGUAACGCCGACCCUGGGGAGCAGCAAUAAUCAGCUCAACUCUUCGUUCCUCCAAGUCUACAUCCCUGACUACUCCGUGCGGGCCCUUUCCGACCUUCAGUUCGUGAAGAUCUCGAGACAGCAAUACCAAAAUGCCUUGAUGGCAUCCCGGAUGGACAAAACUCCUCAGUCUUCAGACAGUGAAAACACUAAAAUUGAAUUGACUCUUACGGAGCUGCACGACGGGUUGCCAGACGAGACCGCCAACCUGCUCAACGAACAGAACUGUGUGACACACAGCAAAGCCAACCACAGCCUGCACAGCGAAGGGGCCAUCUAGGGCGCCCCCCCGCAGCCCCUCACCCCCCACUCCCAAGGCCCCAGGCCAGCUGACCGUGAAUCCCAUUAGUGUGAGCUUGUGUGCCAUGCUGCCUCCCACAACAUCCUGAGACCAAAGACUUUGUCCCCUUCCCGGAAGCAGCGGCGGAGGAUGGUGAGGGCAGGAGCGGAAACGAGAGGUGUGACAUCAACGGCUCGGGCGUGGCAUUCAAGAUUUUUGGAGAUGAACUUCUUCCACCCAAAUAGAAUCAUGUUUAUUUUUUCAGUUGUACCUUUUAUCUUUAUUCACUCUCCUCCUUCCUCAGUUUGCAUGAAGUUGGAAAUUGUGGCAGUUUAUUAAUUUUUUUCCCCAAGAGAUCAUGUUUUCAAACACUGUCUUUUGCAGAGUUUUACGUUGUUCUGUCUGAACUCUGCCGUGACUCCGAGAUGGGACCCAAAGGGACUCGCUCCGCCGGUGGCCUUGCCGGCCCUCCUCGGGAGGGGCACGCCUGCUCCGUGCCCAGUGGGUGUCGCUGUGGAACUUGAAGGAUGAAUGAAGAAAACUGUGGCUGCGGACCUGCCAAGUCUGUCCCACUGUGGGGCGGAGCCUGUGCGGGGCCGCGGUCGCCUCCGUGAGCUCAGUGUUGUUUUAAGUUAAUGUCUAACUGUGUCCCUUUCCCUCAGAAAGGUUUAACAUUGGCUUGGAAUGUGAUUUUUUUUUUUUUUUUUGCUUCCUACUCUAAGGAAUUUUUAUCACCAAAAUGAAUGUUAAUGAAUUUGAAACCCAUGGUUUAUCAUUGGCAAGAGGCAAGGUGACUUCAUCCCGCAAUUCCUCCAGCCUGGAUUCUCCGGCUCGGCCAGGCCGCCUCCCCAGCCCAGCGCCCCAGCCUCCAGAGCGCCGCCACCCACCUCCCCGUCCUUGCUCUUGUUGACCCAGGAUGCUGCUACACAGAUGCCAAAUGGAAAUCUUCCACAGGGCCUUUGAGUAACCGUGUGGUACGGAGUUCAAGCUCCUCCCUUUCCCACUGGAAAGUCUGUCAUUGUCCGGAAAGGAGCUGGGCCUGGCCAGCUGCGCUCUGUGCUCUGAGCCCAGAAGGCGUUUCCAGACCCAGGUGUUUAAAGGAGGGAACUUUGGGGACUGCCAGCCCCUGCCCCUCCCAGGGAGCUCACUGUCCCUCUUCCCCUCUGUCCCUGGGCUCCUAGGGCCCGGCGGUGGCUGUGCUGUGUUCCUCGCCCGAGGACCUCUGUGCCUCCCACCUCAGAUGCAGCCCACGCCGGAGAGGCUGCCUGUCCAGCCCCGGAUCGGUUUGGCCCCAAACAGGGAUCAAAAACCAAAUGUGUGUUGUGGCCAUUUCGUGUGUUUCUCCGCCUUAUUUUAAUACCAAGUUCAUCACGUGUAGUGAAAUUAAUGUCAGGCGGUACUUCUCGAGUGACCGAGUUCUUAACUCUCUUACCUGUUUGAAGCGUUAGCCCGAGGGAUAUGUGCAUUCUGUUGGCAGCGGUCGUUGGUACACUGAAUUCCUGAGCUGAGGUCAUACCGGCCGCCUUGUGCGGGUAGGAAGGCUGCUCCGUGCCGCCUCUAGUCACUGGCCGAGAAGAUAGCAUUUUCUCCACUGGGGCUCGCUCAUCGAGGGGAGGCCCCGGGCCAAGCAGCAGUUUCCUUCUCCCUCCUCAAGGUAGGAAUGUGUCCCCCAGGUUGGGCUCUGGGCGGACGGGAGCUGGGGUUGGGGAGUCACCAACAACAUGCCGGGCUUGGUGGCUCCAGUGUCAUAGGCACGUUUACCACAGUAUUUCCUCCAGGAUGUCCGUCCUGGAGGAUCUUCCUCAUCAGGUGCCACGCCCCUUAGAGAGGGUCACAGGGUCACCCCCUAAGGGUGUUGAGUGGGAAGCUGCCGGCCCCCCACCUGCCGCGUGCACUGGAUGGAGCCCCUGCUGUUCGGUGGCUUAAUGUUAGUGAGACCCCACACGGCGAGCUUCCCCUUCUAGAAACAGAUCCAUCCAAGUUAAAAGUUCUCAACUUCUAAGACACAUCUAGCUGAGCACAGCCCCUGUGCGGCGUGGGAACAGGGACUAUCCCCAGGGCGCGUAGAAACGAGCGUUCCCACUAAGGAAGUGAACCCUGGGUCUCGCAAGAGGAGUGAUCCCCAACAACCACACUCCUACUCCGGGUGUGGAUGACGCUGGCCUUCCUGGUGGUUUGGUGGAGCCUGACCUGCCACACCAUGGUUCCUCUGACUUGCAGGAUCUCCACACACCCCGCCCCCAGCCUCUCUCCACUGAUCUGCUUUUCCAUACAUGGCCAUCUCACGGUGCCUUACUCCUGGAAGGAGCUUCUGGAAUCAGAGUUAGUGUGUUGGUCUUUUUCAGAGGCCCUCCCCCUUUCCUUUGUAAAUCCUAAAGCUCUGUGAGAGGCCAGGGAUUCCAGCUCCUGGCUCCUUGACUUGAGUGCGAAGCCAAGAACUUGUCCCUACGCUUGUGCCCACUCAGUGUGGCAGCUUUUUGAGAUGUCUGCUGAGAAGUGCUGGCAGGGGGACUCCUAGAGGACGAAAUUUUAGCCUCCCAAGAUGGUAUUUAUUUUCUCCACACCACUCUUUACCUUGGAUUAUUCAUAUUCUAUAACAACAGGGAAUUGAAAACAAUUCCUGGCUAUAAUUCCAUCCACUUUGGGGGAAGCUCAAGACCCUUCAGAUCACACUCACUGUCUUGAGUAAACAGGUUGAUCAGAUUCUUCUCCCAGGCCCUACUUUCCCUCUGGAACUACCUUCAGGCUGUCAAAGGAGAAAUGCUGGCUCGUGGCUUCACCGGGCAGCACGAUGACUUUGGCUUAGAAGUUCUCUGCAGCCCUGUGUCUAUGAAGGGGGUGGGGUCCGGCAGAGAAAGACCAUCACAUAUUGAGAUCUCCACGUGCAGUGGCCAGUUCUUAGAAUUGCACCAUGACUCCAUCAUCCUGUCCUGGAGCUGCUGGCUCUGUAAGUGUGGAGGGGGCUGGGCUGUGGAGCAGAGGCGGGUGCUGGGGUCUUGAAUGCUGCUGGAGACCCCCAUUAUCACACCCUGCGCCUGUCUGCAGUGGCUUCCGUGGCCCCUGCUUUGAACCCUGGCUCUGUGGGACCAGACAGGGCCUCCUCCUGCUUCCGGCCACUGUAGCAUCCCAAAGGUUCCACUGGAAACUGGGUCCCUAGUAUCCAGACGUUUCGAGGACAGUGGGCUCUGUCUUUAUAAGUGAGGGGAUUUUUCCCCCCUACUCCCUACAGGUUCUUUCUAUUCCGUGUAUUCAUCAGGCAAAUCAAAAAAUCAUAUAUUUAAACUUUUAGGAAAACAACAUUAAGAUUUGUAUGUACAUGGAUAUUGGGGUGCUAGUCAACUAGUUUAAGUCUUGGUUCUUACAUGAUUUGCAUUUCAAAGGGCACACCACUGUACUCUGUUCUUCCCUCCCUCCCUCACCUCACCUAACGGAAGAGAGCUUGGUGCCCAUGCUGAUGUGAUUGGGUUCCCCACGUGGGAGGAAGUAGGGCACCAUGCCAUUUUCUAAUGUUAUUUUAAGGAACUUCUGUGCAAAGGCUAAAUGCAGAACUCCACAUGAAUAUGGAACAUGAACUGUGAAUAGACUACUUACCUGUGCUAUCCCCAGUACCAUCUGACUGAAGGACCAGCUUUUCCAAGUCUAGGAAGAUACUGGUAGAGACAAGUAGAACUACAUUUUUGCUAGGAAUGGAAGUAAUAGGAAUUUGGACUAAGCAGGGACCACAGACUUCUGCUCUCAAACUCUCUCAGGUUGAGGAGCAGACUGAAGGAGGCCCUGGCAGCUGGAGCCUUUGUCCUAGGUGGUCAGAAAUCAGAACAAAUCCUAACGCCUGCAUCUUCUGAAAAACAGCCAGCAAUCUGUGGCCCUCUUUGCCUGUCCUGGGCCAGGCUCCCAAGAUUCCUCCAGGGUUUGCCAGGGGGGAGCCCCAGCAAAAGACUGACCUGGGCUGGGGCAAGAAGGGGGCUUAACAAAGCAGCAGCUGCCAGGGUUGGCUGGCUUAGCAUGCACUGCCUGACCUGGGUUCUCUGACAGUGGGAGCAACAGGAACUGCCCUGUCGGUUUUGACCCCAGAACGGGCUUUUCUUGCAGGGGGUUGAUGGAGCUGGCAAGUCAGGGUGCGGAGGCUUCUGGGGCGCCGAUGUGGUUUCUGAGGACACAGUUUCUGGGUUGGCUUUGGUUCCACGGAAGGCUCUGGGCUAGUGGCGUUUCUGCCCAGCGAGGAAGGACCUUGGUGUGAGUUAUAGAUUAAUCCAGAAUUAGGAGGGAUUUAGAGAAUUAAGUAUGAAAAUGGUUUGGGAUGAGUCAGAAACUUUCCGAUGUAAAUUUAUCAAUGAGCAACCUACUCAGUGGAUUUUUAUAUCUCAGGGCCAUUUACAGAUGUUUUAUCUUUUUGUAUUUCUUUUGUAUUCAAGUGGGCUGAAGAGAGAUGAGUUCAGAGAACUCUAAGAUGAGGUUCAUUUGCCUCCAUCUGAGGGUGAGUGGUGUACCCUUGCCAAGUUUGCUGAUGUCACUGUCCCUCAAGGCUUUUUCCUGCAGUGAAUGCUUACUUGCUGGUUGUCCUGCCCUGUCUGAAGGUUCCAGAGUCCCUGGUCAGUCCAAGGGAAAGAAGGAGGUGAUGGCAGUUCUUAGCAACUGCAGGGCUUGGAACAGCUUUCCUCCCGCCAUCUUGGACUGGGAACUUUCUUGGCUUCUUAGACCUUUGCGGUUGGCUCAGCACAAGUAAGCUUUCUGUCUCUGUGUGCUAGAGCCACUGACCUCCUUUCACUAGAAUUGUUGUAAAUAUCUUUUGAUGGGAAAUACCAGACUGUACUUGAAGCAACAGAGACACAAAGGUUCUAGUAGCAAGAGAGUAAAGUUCUAGGACUUUGUAUACCAAGGUUUUUAUGUACACAGCUCCAACAUGUACUAUAAGAAAGACUUGAGUUAGUACAUGUCUUUGAGUUUGAAUACCCACUUAGGUAGAGUUUAAACAUGAACUGGAAGAACGGCUUGCCUUGCCUGACAGGGUAUCUUCUGGCGUUUGCCCACAUCUGACCAGCACGGAUUCCCUUGGGAAGUGAUGCUUUUGGGGCCAGAUUCUUCUUCAGGGUUACCUUGGAGAGAAUUCUUAUAUAGACCUAGUGGGGUUUCGGUGCCUUCCCUUUUUGUUGAAGGUCCAGGCCCCUUGGUAUCCAGAGCUGGUCUCAGGCUCCCAGAGCAGAAAGGAGUGAGGAAUAAGGUCUCAGGACUCUCAUUCCCCCGAGAGCCCCAGCCUAGCUUCUGAUUUGUUAUUCCGUGUGUCCAUGUCUGAAGUCUACUGUGAAGGUGGAGUGUUAUCAGUCCGUUGACUUCUCUUAUUUCUGGAGUCUUUUAAAUCUACAAAUGUAUAUGCUUUAUUUUAUAUUAUUAUUUAUUAUGUACAUAUGCCUCUACUGUUAGUACAUUGUGACGAAGGUAUUUCCUAGAGCCCCUCAUCUCUGGAACCUAGGGUUCUCUUGUCCCUUAAAGUGGGGGAGAAGGCAGUGGUUUUCUUUCUGUUUUUGUCAUAAAGAGGUUGCUGCUCUUACGUCGAUCCUAGCAUACCUGGCCCCUUUUUAUUGGGCGCACCACUCUUCCCGACGGACUAGUGUUUGGGAUGAGGAUGGAGGCAGGUCUCCUACGUUAUGGCAGGGCUCUCAAGUACCUCCGUGAAAUACUUUAGAGGUUGCUUCCUGGUGAUGGGGUCUAUUCUCUGUAACGGUACAGCAUGGCUGUGAGACUAGAACCUUCUUCCUCACUCCCAGCCUCCCGAGCCAGAUUGGCAAACUGGCCCCACAACAGUGAUGGCCUCUAAAUUCCCACCUUGGAUUACAGAAUCCAUCUCUCGGGACCAUGGAAGCUGCCUCCCCAUCAGGGCUUCUAAGAGGCCUUUUCAUGGUUUUGAGGCCCAGUGCCAGCAUUGCCUUGGCCCUCAGAUAAGACCCCGCUCUGUGUCUGAUUUUCUUCCUCCUCCGCCUUUACUAUGUCAUAGUGUACAUUUCAUGCUUUUCAGCAGUGAAGUUUCCCGAACACAGUAUUCAGAGCUGUGUGCAUAAACCUAAAGAAGCACAAAUGACAUGUAUAGGUUUCAUGAGCUGAUUGUCAUAAUGAAUGCAUUUUAUAAUUCAAAUGAUGUUGUAGAUUUACAAUCUCUCCUAUUUAUUUUGUACCAAUUUAUUUGUAAAUUUUGUGAUUGUUUUAAAAGGUUUUUUUGUUCAUUUCUAUUAUUCUAUUUAGAUAAAGGAUGAUUUUCUGUUCACCCUGCCA